GCGGGUAGUGAGCUGUCUCUGGGAGAAGGCUGUGUUGGAGCGGGCCGCCGGGUGGGGACAGAGAGGCUGGGGCCGCGGCCCCUCCGCCCGCUGGGGGUCAGUCCCUGGACCGUGCGGGCGGAGUCGCCCCUGAGCCUGGGGCCAUGGAGCUGCAACUGGCCCGCGUGGAUUAUUUGCAGGUGGGAGUGACAUCUCAGAAGACCAUGAAGCUUCUUCCUGCAUCAAGACGUAGGGCAACACAGAAGAUUGUCAUUGGAGAUCAUGAUGGUGUUGUUACAUGUUUUGGCAUCAAAAAGGGGGAAGCUAUGCCAGUGUUCAAGACACUGCCAGGGCAAAGGAUCACAAGGCUGGAGCUGGGAGGAGCUCUUAAUACACCACAGGAGAAAAUUUUUGUGGCUACAGGAUCAGAGGUUAGAGGUUUCACAAAGAGAGGGAAGCAGUUCCUUUCAUUUGAAACUAACCUCACUGAAAACAUCAAAGCUAUGCAUAUAUCGGGAGCAGAUCUCUUUCUUUGUGCAAGCUAUAUCUAUAACCAUUACUGUGACUGCAAGGACCAGCACUACUACCUGUCAGGAGAUAAAAUCAAUGAUGUCCUCUGUCUUCCAGUAGAGAAACUGUCUUGCAUUAGACCAAUAUUGGCAUGCCAGGAUAGAGUCCUUAGAGUUUUACAGGGGUCUGAUUUGCUAUACGAAGUGGAAGUUUCUGGACCGCCUACUGUUCUUGCUUUAAACAAUGGAAAUGGUGGUGAUUCUGGAGAAGAACUUCUGUUUGGAACAUCUGAUGGGAAAGUUGGUCUCAUUCAGGUUUCAAGUGCAUCUCCGGUACAUAAGUGGGAAGUCAGAAAUGAGAAGAAGAGAGGAGGUAUCUUAUGUAUUGAUAACUUUGAUAUUCUGGGUGAUGGAGUUAAAGAAUUACUUGUUGGCCGAGAUGAUGGUAUGUUAGAAAUCUAUAACUUCGAGAGCACAAAUGAGCCUAUCCUUCGAUAUGAUCACGCCUUAUCAGAGAGCAUCACAUCUAUCCAGGGUGGCUGUGUAGGAAAGGAUGGGUAUGAUGAAAUCUUAGCAUCCACAUAUUCAGGAUGGGUGACAGGACUGACUACAGAGCCUAUCCAUAGGGAAGGCGGAUCUGGUGAAGAACUAAAGAUAAGCCAAGAGAUGCAGAACAAGAUUUCAUCCUUAAGGAAUGAGUUGGAACAUUUACAGAUAAAGGUAUUGCAAGAACGUGAAAAAUACCAGCAGUCUUCUCAGUCCAGUACUGCUCUUUCAGCAGUACCUGCAUUUAGUGUGAAUGACAAGUUUACAUUAAAUAAGGAUGAUGCCAGCUACAGUCUUAUCUUAGAGGUGCAGACAGCAAUAGAUAAUGUCUUGGUACAGAGUGAUGUCCCAAUAGACCUACUGGAUGUGGAUAAAAAUUCUGCUGUUGUUAGUUUUAGUGGCUGUGAUUCUGAACCAAACAGCAACUUUCUCCUUGCCACUUACCGAUGCCAAGCAAAUACUACUAGACUGGAGCUUAAGAUUCGAUCAAUUGAAGGCCAGUAUGGGACAUUGCAAGCAUAUGUAACACCAAGAAUUCAACCGAAAACCUGCCAACUUUGUCAAUAUCAGAUUAAACCACUUUCACUUCAUCAAAGAACUCACUUUAUUGAUCAUGACAGACCUAUGAACACACUGAUGCUCAAAGGCCACUUCAGUUUUGCUGAAAUUCACUCCUGGGUUGUGUUUUGCUUGCCUGAAGUUCCAGAAAAAACUCCAAUAGGCGAUAGUGUUACUUUCUACUUUCAGAACACCUUCCUGGAUACACAGCUUGAAAGUACUUACAGGCUGCCUGCACAAAACAUUUCUUCUGUGCAAAUUUUUGAAGCAGAGUUCAGAUUUGUGCGCCAUGAGGCAAAUGCGCUGAAUAAAGGGGAGGGAUUUUUCAAAUCUGACAACAUUUCUACCAUAUCCAUUCUAAAAGAUGUGCUCUCUAAAGAAGCCACCAAAAGGAAAAUUAAUCUCAAUAUAUCAUAUGAUAUAAAUGAAGUAUCUGUGAACCACACAUUAAAACUAAUCCACCCGAAACUAGAAUAUCAGCUGCUGUUGGCCAAGAAAGUUCAGUUAAUAGAUGCUUUAAAAGAGUUGCAGGUUCAUGAAGGAAACAUGGACUUCCUGAUACCAGAGUACCGCUGCAUUUUAGAGGAAGCAGACAACCUUCUUGAAGAGUACAAGAAACAACCUGCACAUCUUGAGAGACUUUAUGGCAUGAUUACAGAUCUCUUCAUUGAUAAGUUUAAAUUUAAAGGCACAAAUGUGAAAACCAAAGUUCCUCUUCUUCUGGAAAUUUUGGACAGUUAUGACCAAAAUGCACUGAUUGCAUUCUUUGAUGCUGCUGCCUAAACUAGAAGAAAUGAAAUAUUGGGACAGUUUUCUUACUGAUGUGAACCAGGACAAUCAGAUAUUGAAUAUUUUUAAUUUAAGUAUUUUUAGUAUAUCUUGAUUUGCUUUUUAUGUAUCUAACUGUGUUGACAGUUCUAUAAUGUGGUCCUGUACUUAUAUUUAUUACAGUAUGUUGAGAAUUUGAGCUGAAGAUAACUGUAAAGCCUAUUGCAUAUAAAGUAUGUUUACUUGAAUACCGAUCAUAAUAGGUGAAGAAAAUUGUGAUAGGAUCAGGUGCAAAGACUUAUUAUUUUUUUUGAAAAUACUAACUUUUAUUACUGUAGUUAAACAGGACAUGGGAGAAGAUUCCACAGUUGUAAGAGUUCUAGAGAAACAAGUCUUUGUGGACUUGGCAUCUAUCUAAUAUUAAAUAUAGUGGGGGAAAUUAAGAAAGUAACAAUUGAAAUGUAUAGCUAUAUCAAACUUUAAAAUACUCACUGUAUACAGAAAAUGAUACAAUACUGUAAAUUACCUGUAUGUUGUAUAUAUUAUAGAUAUUUAAGACAAUUUUGUAUGUAGGAAGGGAAAGAGGUACUCAGUUGCUUUUAAGGGUAAUUAGGUAUAUAAUUGCAUUAUGUUGCAUAAGCUGUCUAGUAAGUAUAAAAUUCUUAAGAACGCAUAUAAAUUAUUGUAUAUAGUCUCUUUAGAAGGGAUUGAGUUAGAUUGCCUCCAUACUGCUCCUAUGCCUGAAACGCUCACUGUCACAAUCUAUCAGGCGCUUACCCUCUUUGUGGCUUUUUUCCCUUCAAAACCUUCCCGAAAACUUUCUAUUACAAAGUCCACAGUCUCUAAUAUCUUUUAGUAACAAUGGCAUCUCCUAUCUCUCUCAAAGCAUUUUUGAGAGAACACUUUUCUGUCCUAUGGAUUUAGAUGGUAAGCAUAUUAGGACUGGAAGACUAACUACUUUUGUCUUGUACAGCAUCAGUCAUGCUGUCUAUGCCUAACAAAAAAUAAAUCUGUUUUCAAUGAG